AUGGCCGAGCAAGCGAGCCACCGCACGAGAGGGUCCGAGGACUAUGGCGUGUACGACGACGCCAAAACGUACUACACCUCGGACGAUCGACACAACAAAUAUGGCCCUCGGACUCGGACGUACUCGCAGAACAGUCUCCUGCGCAACUUUGAUCGGUUUGGCAUGAGGGAGGCCCAGGCGGCGCCCUUCCGACGUGGAAGUCACGAUGAACGAGCUCUCGGUCACGGUCGCCGGUUCCUCGUCCAGGUGGACGCCACCCUCAAGAGCUUGCUCGAGCAGGAAGACGACCACAAGGCGAUGCAGAUCACCGUCGAGGACCGCGGGCCCAAGGUCAUCCCCCUACGCACGGCCGCCUCGGCCGGCUACAACAAGUUCGACGUGCGAGGGACGUACAUGCUGUCCAACCUCCUCCAGGAGUUGACCCUCGCCAAGGAGUAUGGUCGUAAGGAGAUCAUCCUGGACGAGGGCCGCUUGAAUGAGAACCCCGUGGACCGGCUCCACCGCGUGAUCCGCGAUCACUUCUGGGAGGGCCUGACCCGCAAGAUUGAUGCCUCGACGGUCGAGGUGGCGGCCGUGGACCCCAAGGACUGGACGGACAAGCCGACGCCCAGAAUCUACAUCCCCCCCGGUGCCCCUGAACAGUACGAGUACUACAUGCGGGUGGCGAGGGAGCGGCCCGAGAUCAACCUGGACGUGCAGCUGCUGCCGGAGAGCAUCACCCCCGAGUACAUCCGCGACCUCAACGAGAAGCCCGGCCUGCUGGUCGUGGCCACGGAGGAGGUGACGGACGACCAGACGGGGGAGAAGACGCUCGAGGGCCUGCCGUUUGUGGUGCCCGGCGGCCGCUUCAACGAGCUGUACGGGUGGGACAGCUACAUGGCCGGCCUGGGUCUCCUCGUGGAUGACCGCGUGGACCUGGUCCAGUCCAUGGUGGUCAACUUUUGCUUCUGCAUCGAGCACUACGGCAAGAUCCUCAACGCGACGAGGACGUACUACCUCGGCCGCUCGCAGCCCCCCUUCCUGACAGACAUGGCGCUGCGCGUCUUUGAGAAGAUCAAGCACGAGCCCGGGUCCAAGGAGUUCCUGCGCCGGUCGAUGCUGGCGGCCGUCAAGGAGUACCACACGGUCUGGACCUCGGAGCCCCGUCUGGACCCGGUCACGGGCCUGUCGCGGUACCGGCCCGAAGGUCUGGGCGUGCCGCCCGAGACGGAGGCCACGCACUUUGUGCACGUGCUGGAGCCGUACAUCAAAAAGUACAACAUGGAGUUCAAGGAGUUUGUGCGGGCGUACAACCACCGGGAGAUUGUCGAGCCGGAGCUCGACGAGUACUUUAUGCACGACCGUGCGGUGCGCGAGUCUGGGCACGACACGUCGUACCGCCUCGAGGGGGUGUGCGCAAACCUGGCGACCAUUGACCUCAACUCGCUGCUGUUCAAGUACGAGACGGACAUUGCGCGGACGAUCCGCGGCGUGUUUGGCGACAGGCUGGUGAUGCCCGAGGAGUUCUGCAAGGGGACGCCGUACGCGCCGGGCGAGGUGCUCUCGUCGGCGGCGUGGGACCGUCGGGCCAAGCGCCGCAAGCUGACCAUGGACAAGCUCAUGUGGAACGAGAAGGAGGGCAUGUUCUUUGACUACGACACGGUCAAGCAGGAGCAGUGCAACUACGAGUCGGCGACGACGCUGUGGGCGCUGUGGGCGGGCCUGGCGUCGCCCAAGCAGGCGGCGGACCUCGUCCACAAGGGCCUGCCCCGAUUCGAGGAGAAUGGCGGCCUGGCGGCGGGCACGGAGAAGUCACGAGGCGAGGUCGGCCUGGACCGGCCCAACCGGCAGUGGGACUACCCGUACGGCUGGCCGCCGCAGCAGAUGCUGGCGUGGACGGGCCUCCUGCGGUACAGCUUCAACGAGGAGGCGGAGCGACUGGCGUACAAGUGGCUGUUUAUGGUGACCAAGGCGUUUGUGGACUUUCACGGGGUGGUGGUGGAGAAGUACGACGUGACGAGCGAGAUUGAUCCGCACCGUGUCGACGCCGAGUACGGCAACCAGGGCCUGGGGUUCAAGGGCGUGAACAAGGAAGGGUUUGCCUGGGUGAAUGCGAGCUACGUGUACGGCCUGCAGAUAAUCAACGCGCACAUGCGUCGCGCGCUGGGCACGCUGACGCCGUACAAGACGUUUGUGCGGGCCAUGGAGCAGAACGAGGAGAAGGAGCUGGCGAGCCUGCAGAUACGCUGA